AUGGACCUGUUCAAGAAAGAUCAGGAGAAAGCUAAGGGACAAACUCAGACCGGUGCAAGUGCGAGCAUCCACAAGAUCAUUGCCGAGAAGAUGGAGUUGGAUGCUUCGGAGAUUGACGAUUUGGAGUUGAAGGAAAUGACCGAAUGGACAGAUUUAGCCAGGAAUAAAAAGCUCGCCUCAGUUCUUUUCCUUCUGCCCGCAGGUGCCAGCAGUGUUUUAUAG